AUGUACGCCAGCCAUGAAGAUAUUGGCUGUGAUUGUGAAGAUGAUUCAAAACAUGGGGAGAAGAAGCUGAAGCCAGACCCAGACAUUGAUGGAGGAUGGGCAUGGAUGAUUGUCUUCUCCUCUUUCCUGGUGCAUGUACUCAUCAUGGGAUCACAAAUGGCCCUUGGAGUUCUCAACAUGGAAUGGCUUGAAGAAUUCAGCCAAAGUCGAGGCCUCACGGCAUGGGUCAGCUCCCUCAGCAUGGGUAUUACUCUCAUUGUAGGUCCUUUUAUUGGUUUAUUCAUUAACACCUGUGGAUGCCGGAAGACCGCAGUAACUGGAGGAAUCUUGAAUGCCCUUGGAUGGAUAUUAAGUUCCUAUGCCUCAAAUGUAUAUUACCUCUUUAUUACAUUUGGAGUUACAGCUGGUAUUGGGAGUGGCAUGGUGUACUUGCCUGCUGUGGUCAUGGUGGGAGAAUACUUUCAGAAGAGAAGAGCCCUUGCUCAGGGACUCAGUACAACUGGGACAGGGUUUGGUGCUUUCCUGAUGACAGUUUUGCUGAAAAAUCUUUGUACGGAGUUCGGCUGGAGAAAUGCAAUGUUCAUCCAAGGUGCUGUUUGUCUGAACCUUUGUGUUUGUGCAGCACUCAUGCGACCCAUUUAUCACAAGGAAGAAACCACUGAAAAAGAGGGAAACAGCAGCAAAAGCCAGAGUCUCUCGAAAGCGCUGUCCUGCUCUGCAGAAACACUGACCUGUAACGGUGUCUUGUGUGAAGAAGAAAAAGACAGGCAAAGUCAGGAUCAUAAGCCGGGGAGUCUUCCAGCCUUGGAAAGCAAAGAUACAACCCAACUAAGGAAGAAUGUCUAUGUCCUUUACAUUCUGAAGACAGUGAGCCAACUGACUGUUACAGUCCAGAAGGGCUUUCGGACCUGGUAUGCCAGUUACUUUGGAGCUGCAUCCCUCUUCACCAACAGAACGUUUGCAGCCUUUGUAUUUUGGGCUUUGUUUGCAUACAGCACCUUUGUUAUCCCAUUUAUCCACCUUCCAGAAAUAGUCAAACAGUAUAACCUGUCUGCACAGAAUGACAUCUUUCCCUUGACCUCAAUUAUUGCCAUUGUUCAUAUUUUUGGUAAAGUCAUCCUUGGAAUCAUUUCUGAUUCGCCCUGUGUCAGUGCUUGGAAUGUCUUCAUGGCAGCUAACUUUACCCUCGUCACCUGCAUUCUUAUUUUGCCAUUAAUGCAUACCUAUGUUGGACUGGCUGUGGUCUGUGCCCUAAUAGGAUUUUCCAGUGGAUAUUUUUCCCUCAUGCCUGUUGUCACUGAAGAUUUGGUAGGGAUUAAGCACCUUGCAAAUGCCUAUGGAAUCAUAAUUUGUGCCAAUGGGAUAUCAGCACUGCUUGGACCACCGUUUGCAGGUUGGAUUUAUGACCUCACCCAGAAAUAUGACUUUUCUUUCUAUAUAUGUGGUGUGCUUUACCUGGUGGGAAUCCUCUCAUUGCUCAUCCAACCUUAUAUUGGAAAGAAAAAGACAGCAGUAGAAAAAGGCAUUGAAAAUGGAAAAGUAUAA